AUCUUGUUUUGAAGCGACGUUUCCGGUCAGUUCCGUUCACCUCGCGCACUGAGAAGAUGAACGCCCCUCCAGCUUUCGAGUCGUUUCUGUUGUUUGAAGGAGAGAAGAAGAUCAGCAUCAGCAAAGACACGAAGGUCCCCAACGCCUGCCUUUUCACCCUCAACAAGGAGGACCACACUCUGGGCAACAUCAUCCGAGCUCAGCUCCUGAAGGAUCCUCAGGUUCUGUUUGCUGGUUACAAAGUUCCUCAUCCUCUGGAGCACAAGAUCGUCAUCAGAGUCCAGACCACACCUGAUUACAGCCCACAGGAAGCAUUUACAAAUGCCAUCACAGACCUGAUCAGCGAGCUGUCUCUGCUGGAGGAACGCUUCAGAGUCGCCAUCAAAGACAAACAGGAAGGGAUCGAGUGAAGCCCCGCCCCUCCUGAUGAUGUCAUUUCCUUUGUGUGUGUGUUUAUUUUUAUAAAUAAAGUCUGAGAUGUCA